AUGUUUGGACCAUUCUGCACCGGAAUCUUCUUGUUCUUGGCCCUUUGGGGUACUGUUUUCAUGGUAUGUGCGCGUUUUUAACCGAAAAAAAAGAAAUGCACGAUUUGAGGCGGUGCUCGGCGGCCUUUUCUACAACCAAUCGGUCGGACUGUUCGAAGACCUUCCCUCCGAGUCGAAAGAGCAUGGAGGGCAAGGAUUGGAAGACGCGAGUCAACAACUUCAAUAGGUUAGUUUUUGAUUGUUUGCGACGAAACAUUUGAAAUAUCAUCGAAAAAGCGCACCGUUUAUUCAAAGUGAUGUAUCUCAGCAGUGUGUAGAGAUAUGAAAAACUUGUCAACUGAAAAAAUGUGCAAAACGUCUUAAUAAACAAUAUAUUAGUUGACAACUUUUUGAUAUCUCUACUAGCAGCCGAGAUAUGCAUUUUCACAAAUCACCACUGUUCGCAACCAACAAAACUCUUGAUGCUGUUUGCAGUCUGUACCAACAAAACGCCUACAACUGCUGGGUCGCCUGCGGAGUGUACAUCGGAAUCGCCGUGCUUCUGUCCGUCCGUGCGUGCUGCCUCGCCAAGCGGGCAUAA